AUGCUGCCCUGGACCGUCCUCGCUCUUCUCGUUCCCUACGUCGUCGCCGCACCUGCGAGCAGCGACUGUACGGGUACCAUUUCCUCGCUCGACGAUGUUACCGACGCGGUCGAGUGCACGACCGUCAACGUCAACUCGUUCACGGUCCCUGCGGGAGAAACGUUCACCUUGUCGCUCCUGUCAGGCACUACAGUCAAUAUCAAUGGGGACAUCGCUUUUGGCAACGAAACUUGGAGUGGCCCUCUGUUCGAAGUAAAGGGCGAUGACAUUACAUUCAACGGUAACGGCUACAGGUUCGACGGUGGAGGACCCUACUACUGGGACGGCGAAGGUACCGAUGGUGGUGUCACCAAACCACACCCGAUGAUGAAGGUUGAAAUUUCGGGCACCAUGACCGACGUGUACGUCGUCAACUCCCCAGCGCAGUGUUUCUCCGUGAGCAACACUGGCCCUUUGACCCUGUCCGAUAUCACUGUCGACAACUCUCAAGGCAAUGCCGCGAAUAGUGCUAGUGGAAGCGACCCUGCUGGUGCCAACACCGACGGCUUCGACGUCGCUGGCAGCGACCUCCUGAUCACGAAGAGCACCGUUAUCAACCAGGAUGACUGCCUGGCCAUCAACAGCGGCUCGAACAUCACGUUCUCCGACAACAGCUGUGCUGAUGGACACGGUAUCUCUAUCGGCUCCAUCUCGUCUGACAAGACCGUUUCCGACGUCGUCAUAUCCGGCAACACUGUGACAAACUCGCAGCAGGCCCUCCGCAUCAAGAGCGACGCCGACGCCACGGAUAGCUCUGUCUCCAGCGUUACCUACUCUAACAACAAGGCUACGGGUAUCACCAAGUACGGUGUCCUGAUCACUCAGAGCUACCCCGAUUCCGUCGGCACACCCGGCACUGGCACCACCUUCUCUGGCAUCAGCUUCACCGGCGGCGCCACCACCGUCGCGGUAGAGAGCACCGCCGAGAUGGUCGCCGUCGACUGCGGCUCCGGCUCGUGCACCGGUACCUGGGACUGGUCCGACCUGACCACCAGCGGGGGCGAGGACGGCGCGAUCACCAACGCGGACAUUUCGGGCUUCACUCAGUAG